UUUCUGCAUAGUAAUAAUGUUUAUAUUCUGUGCCGUAGAUGUAAAUUCCGCCUGAAAGCAGCCUUCGAAAGAUUAUUACACUAUUCAGCCCUACUGCGUUAUGGUUGUACACUUCAUAAUGAGGUUAAAAUGGUACACAAGAAAACAGAAUACAGGUUACAGUUUCAUCUCCUAUCGAAUGAUCUCAGGAAACAAAUAUGGCAAGAAAAUAUAAAAUCUAGAGAAUUAUAUCGGUCAUUGAAUCGGGCAGACCAUUAUUGGUCAUACCAAUUGACUAAUGAAAAGUGUGAUUGUGAAAAUGGUGAAGAAAAUGAAGAUGAAGCAGCUCUUCCACCACACAAAUUGAAACAUAAAAUGUUGUUAGCUCAGUAUGAAAGUGCCAAGUCUCACAAUGGGAUGCAUGUACCAAAGCAACAUGUAGUUUCUUCACCUAGUCAAGUGCAAAGAGAUGUUCAUGAGCUGACAAGUCCAAAGGGAAAUGCACUGUUUGGCAGAGAAAUGGCUCUUCAGAAUGUAGAAAGGGAAUCUCAUGGGCAGAGGUUGAAGAAUGACUCAAGUCAUGAAAUUCAUAAUCUGAACCGCAGUUUGAGUACGAUCACCAAACCAGUAGAAAAAUGGAUAACAGAGGAGCAACGAAAUCCUGCAGUACCUUCACAUCGAAGUAUCACAAUAAAGGAACCCAGUUCUCAACCCAGAGUCAGUAAUGAAGAACGACUACAUGACACAUCCACUUCUCUUGGACAUCGUUCCAGCAUACAGCGAAACCCAUCCAAUAUAUCUACCCUUACAAGAACCACUAGAAAGGCAUACUUCAAAGAUAAAAGGUCACCCUUUGCUCCCUUUGGCUGGAAUGAUUCAGUCAGGAAUAUAGGGCAAAAGAAAACAUAUAAUGUAUAUGCUCCAGAAAGUGAGGUGUAUUCUCCAGCUCUUUUGGCACUGAAAAGGAGGAAGACAGAAAUAGAAAGAUAUUUAGCUGAAGAAGCUCAAAGAAGGAGACAGGAACUAACCCCACGUUCUGAAGCAAGUGGUGUGGUGAAUGAUGGCAGCAUUUGGAUGACUGAAUAUCAGGAGAACUUUACACAUGGCAACAAAUUUAAAACUGACCGUUUAUCUAAGAGGCCUUCAUCAGCUCCUCCUCCUAGGAGACUUGCUGCAUGGAGGUACAGCUGACUGAAUCAACCGGUGUCAUGACAGAAAUAUAUAUAUACACACAGCAGUAACAGAAUAACCUUAUGUUCAUUUAAAGCAUUCUAUCUGUCAAGUGUAAAACAUACUCCUCCUUUUGGUAUUUAUGAACAAGGCAGCAUUCAGGCCAACUUCCUCACAGUGUGUACUUUUUGCAUAUUAUUGGACCAUUCUGACCCAGUUCUACAUCAGACUGGCACACUUUUUUGUUAUGUUUGUCACUUAAGUGUUCACAUUAAGAGCUGUUUUAUUUCAGAUACAAUUGGACAGGCAAUGUUUAUUAUGAAUAUGCAGUAUUGUCACAUGGAAUAUGCCUAUUAGCAGCAUUAAAAACAAAUAACCUUC